AUUCCCUUAUCACCAGAUGUUUAUGAGUGGAUUCGCCAUCUCUAAAGGACUAUGUGGAGUGCUGUUUCUUGGUUACCUUCUAGUCCUAAUCUCUCCAUGGACUUUGAAUUACCUGGCUCUAGUUCCUGCCAAGACCUUCCCUUUCGUGUGGAACAUCAUUACUGCAGGGUACAUAGAACAGUCGAUAUCUGAGUUGAUAUCAAGCAUAUUGGGCCUUCUUCUUUGUGGGAAGUUUCUGGAGCCCAUGUGGACAUCAAGAGAAUUUCUGAAAUUCAUUAUCUUUGUAAACACAACCACUUUACUUGGGGUCUAUCUCACGGCUGUUGCUAUUUUCCAUAUGACAAAGGCAGAGACACUUCUAUACGUUCCGCUUUCUGGAUUUCAUGGAGUUCUAGCAGGCUUUCUAGUAGCAAUGAAACAAAUUGCACCUGAUCAAGAUAUUGAGGUGUUUGGUUGCUUCCAUUUAAGAUCUGAGUGGCUACCAUCUUUCUUCAUCUUUAUGUCCAUUUUCAUAAGCAUUAUCACGUUGGAACCAAUGCAACAUCUGUCAUUUGUGCUCUAUGGCACUUAUUGGGGUUGGGUUUACUUGCGGUACAUUCAAAGACUUCCUGAAUCUAAUAUUCCUGGCACCCCUGGUGGUGAUCAGUUUGAAUUCUCGGCAUUCUUUCCUCGCUUCAUCAGAGAAAGGGCUUGUGCUCCGGAGGAAACGUUGCAUAAGUCAAGGAACGAUGGUGCUUCUGAAGAUCAUGCAUCAAGUAUCGUCUGA